AUGUCCGGCAGCGACAGCGAGGCAGGGGUUAACGACGCUGAGGAAAACCCCGUGGAGCGAGAAGCACCGGUGGUGCACGAGGAACUUCAAGUUCAACAACCACCACCAGCAGAGCUACAGAGAGCUUCGGCGCGUGAAAGGACCGUCGAAAUAAAUAUGGCGUUCGGUAAGCCAGAAGACUUCCACUUCGAGGAAACCAUGCAUUCGGUGAACCAGGCACAGUGCGACGCUCUCAAGCACGAGACAUGCCACAGUGUCAGCGCUCACAAGCAGCAGGCGAGCCGUGGGUGCAACGCUCCCCAGCGCGAGAGAAACCCUGAUUCCAACGCUCCCCAACAGCGCAGCAGUGACCAUCAUCUCCAGACAGGUGGUGGCUGUGCCAAGCUGCAGCUCCGCGACGGCGCAGAGCACGACUGUGUGCCAUCCAAGUGCACAGUGGAGGAGUCGAGCAUCGACACCAGUCAGACUUUUGAUGGUGGAGGUUUGGACUUGUUUGCAAUGGACACAAGAAAGCUCAAGGGCAUUGAAGCAAAGUUACAAGUAACUGAGAAGGCCGUGCCCAAGUUCUGCAAGCCGAGAAAUGUGCAUUAUGCACUUAAAGAAGCUGUGGAGAGAGAAUUGGCAAAAUUAGAAUCUGAGGGGGUUAUUUCGCCAACUAAUUACAGUGAAUGGGCAGCUCCCAUAGUCUGUGUACCCAAAAAGGAUGACAGUGUACGGAUAUGUGGAGACUACAAGGUUACGAUUAAUCCUUGGUUGAACGUGGAACAGUAUCCACUACCCAGAACCCAAGAUUUAUUUGCUAAAUUAGCUGGAGGUCAGCAAUUUACCAAACUUGACUUAUCACAAGCUUAUCAGCAAGUGCAAUUAGAGGAAAACUCAAGACGUUACCUCACUAUAAACACGCACAAAGGGUUGUACCAUUACAACAGACUACCUUAUGGUGUUGCCAGUGCGCCUGCGAUUUUUCAAAAGAUAAUGGAUCAAGUACUUCAGGGCAUGGAUGGUGUUAUCUGCUAUUUAGAUGACAUAUUAAUCACAGGAAAGGAUGCAGACAGUCACCUAGCUAACUUGGAAGAGGUCCUUAGGAGACUAGAAUCUCACAAUCUCAGAGUAAAACAAGAGAAGUGUGAAUUCAUGAAAAGCAGUGUGUCUUACUUAGGACAUGUCAUUGAUGCACUGGGCAUUCAUCCGAUGAAGGAAAAGACAGAUGCGAUUCAGAGAGCCUCAGUUCCGAAAAAUGUGACUGAGCUCAGGUCGUUUCUAGCACUGCUAAACUACUAUGGGAAGUUCAUUCCUAAUCUGUCUACUUUGAUUCAGCCCAUGACAGUGCUACUGCACAAAGAUGUUGAUUGGCAAUGGUCAGAUACAUGUCAAAAAGCAUUCGAGAGUGCCAAGCAAUCUCUUCAGUCAGACAAGUUGCUAGUACACUACGACCCUGAUUUACCGCUAAUAUUAGCAUGCGAUGCUUCUCCGUAUGGAGUUGGUGCUGUAAUCAGUCACCAAAUGAAAGAUGGAAGCGAGAGACCGAUCGCCUUCGCUUCAAGGAUGUUGACAAAAACAGAACAAAACUAUUCACAAAUAGAGAAGGAGGCUCUUGGUUUAGUUUUUGGCGUUAUGAAGUUCCAUGAAUACCUUUACGGUAGGAAAUUUCUGUUAUUGACAGAUCAUAAGCCUUUACUAAAAAUCUUAGGACCAAAAACUGGAGUUCCUACUCUAGCCGCAGCGAGGAUGCAAAGGUGGGCUCUAAUCUUAGCCGCAUAUACCUAUGAAAUCCAAUACAAGAGAUCAGAGCAGCAUAGCAAUGCGGAUGCGUUGUCUAGGUUACCUGUGAAACCAAGCGUGAAUGUUGCAUCUAAUCCAGUGUACAGAGUUGCAUAUCUUGAAGAUUUGCCCGUCACAGCUAGAGAAAUAGCUAAAGAGACCGAUAAAGACCCUGUGCUGAAGGUAGUUAAGCAACUGGUGUUGACAGGAUGGCCCAAGCACAUACAGGAUGAAACACUGAAGCCUUAUUUUCAGAGAAAGUAUGAGCUCACUGUUGAGGAUGAUUGUCUAUUGUGGGGAUUACGGGUGGUAGUUCCAGAGAAAUUGAAGGAUAGACUAAUGUCUGAGCUUCAUGAACAUCACUGGGGGAUAGUUAAAAUGAAAUCCCUUGCCAGAAGUCUCUUCUGGUGGCCCACAUUAGAUGAGUGCAUUGAACAAGAAGCGAGUAAAUGUAGUGUGUGUCUGCAACAGCGUAGCAUGCCUGCCACUACACGUGUACACACUUGGAAAUGGUCUUCUAGUCCAUGGGAGAGAAUACACCUUGAUUUUGCAGAGGACCACAAGCAGAUGUUCUUAGUAGUAAUGGAUGCUUAUGCUAGAUGGCCUGAGAUCAUUCCCAUGCAUACUACUACAUCAACGAAAACAAUUGAGGCACUGAGAACCUUGUUUUCAUCUUAUGGUUUACCAAAAGAAGUGGUGACAGACAACGGGCCCCAGUAUGUGUCGCAAGAAUUUGAGUCUUUUCUUGCUAAGAAUGGAGUGAAACACAUUACUUCACCUGCAUAUCACCCUGCAAGUAACGGUUUAGCUGAGAGAUUAGUGCAGAAUCUUAAGAAAUCACUUGCAAAGAACAGAGCAAUCGGUGGUAUGACACUGGAGCAUUGUGUAGCUAAUUUUGUGUUUGGUUACAGAAACACACCCCACACAACCACAGGCAAGACGCCAUCUGAGCUGUUUCUAAGGAGACAGGUGCGAACCAGGUUAUCUCUCAUUAAACCUGAGUUUUCCCAAAGAAUGCAAACUGAAACUGAACCAAACCUUCCUCGUGUUAGGUCUUUUACUGUUGGUCAGCAGGUCUUGGUAAAGAAUUACAGGGGAGGGGAGAAAUGGUUGAAUGGUGUCAUACGUGAAGUGUUGGGUCCUGUGACUUACAAUGUUGAAGUGAAUGGAAAAAUUGUGAAAAGACAUGUAAACCAAAUGUUGAGCACUAAGGCAAACCCUGCUCAGUUGACACAAGAGGAUUCUUGUGCAGUUUUGGACUUUGAGGAGUCCGAUACAGAGACUGACAUGGAACAGCCUAUGCCAGUGGCUGUGGAAGCGCAACCCACAGUACCUUCACCAGCGCCAGUGGUGGAGCGCCGUACGCGUCCUGUGAGAAACAGGCGUCCUCCUGACAGACUGAACUUGUAACUGGAAAUGUUGAGUUGAAAAAAAAAAGAUGUGAAAAAGUGGAAAAGAAAAUGUACUGAAUGUGUACUGAUGUUUUCAUGUUUGUUAUGAGUUCAAGCACUAAUGUACCUUGUUAAGGAUAUAAAAGAAAUGAGGUAUUGAAAAGUAAUAGAAGAAGAGGUUAUGAUUUACAGGGGAGGAACUGUGGUGUUCCAACACCAGGAAUAUUAUUUUGUGAUGUACUCUUAUUUUGG